AUGCGUCCUUGUAUUUCAACAAUUGGUUUUAAUUAUCGAUCGCUUUUAUCAGUUCAAAUACUCUUUUUUAGUAUAGGUUUUCUUUGUAUUACUUAUUUAAUUUUAUCGAAUUUUUCUCAAGUGUCUGUUGAAAGUAUAAUUUCUAGAACUCAGACUCAAUCUGUGCUAAUAAAUAAUACUGAUAGGAUUGUAUUAAAUUUUGAAAGACAAGAUAUUAAUCAUGUAGUUCGUAGUGAACAUAAAAGUUUUAUUUGUGAUCGUAUGAGAAAGAACGAUGGAACUCGAGAAAUAAAUGUUAGUUCAGAAUUAGAUGAUCAUCUCCUAAAUAUAUUGCGUCCAUAUUGUGAUGUUGUGCCUAUUCCUCGUAAAAACUGGAUUCCUGCUAAACGUUAUAUCGAAAGUGAUAUUGUUUUUAUUAUAUAUACUGGUGCUUAUUUUUAUCAUUCACGUGCAACAGCAGUUCGAGAUACAUGGUUAUCACGUGUAACUCACAAAUAUUUUUUUAGUCAAACACCAUAUCCAUCCUUACCAGUAACUGUUAUUGAAAAUGCUGGAGAAACUUAUUUAUCUAAUAUAAAAAAAAUCUAUUCAGGAAUGCAAAUAGCAUAUCAAAAUCAUAGUCGAACAGCAAAAUUUUAUUUUCUAGCUGAAUGUGAUACAUUUGUUAAUGUUCCACAUUUACUUAAACGUCUUGAAUCAUUUGAUUAUAAACAACCUGUAAUUAUUGGUGGUUUUCCUAAUAAGCAUACAUGUUAUAUUAAAAGAAAUGUAACAAAUUAUAUUAGUUCUUAUCUAUCUGGAGGUGCAGGUUUUUUUCUAAGUGCUCGUAUGAUGAAAUUAAUGAUACCUAAAUUGAAUUCUUAUUUUGAAAAUGAUUGGCCACUAACAGAAGAUAAAGCACAUGCCGAUGCUGCUCUAAAUUGUCUUGCUCAUUCUAUGGGUAUAAAGUCAACAUUAGUUCCUGGAUUUUGGAAAUUUAAUCCUGAAAAAACACUUAAAGAUAACGGAAAAGAAAAAUUCUAUGCUGAUCCAGAACCAAAUACAUUUCAUCGUACACAUCCAUUAGCAAUGCAUGUUCUUGAUGAAUUUUAUAUUCAUCAAUUACUUGAUCGAUUAGGAAAUGAUAAGAAUUUUGAUGAACUUAUGAAAUUUACUCGGCAAUUUGUUAUCACUCAUUAUGAAUUAUUACGUAUUAAAAUACGCGAAUGUAUAUUACCUCCAAUA